AUGCAAACUCAGUGUAGCAAAUGCAUACAUUAUCAAAAUGAUAUUGAAGGUCUCCAACAAGAGUUACACAGGCUACGUACAUCAAAUAUAAGAAGUCAAGGACAGUUAGAGAAGAGAUACAAGGAAAAAUUAAAUUCACUCUCAUUAGAGUUAUCACUUUUAAAGGAUUUAUCUAAAGAAUAUGAUAGAUACAAGAUAGAUUCGGAGAAUUAUACCAGAGAGAUGAAUGCUGUCCUCAUAGAAGCAAAGUCAAAACUAGAAAUAUUACAAAAUAAACUUGGAACUCUAGAGUACGAGAAUUCUAAAUUAACUAGAAGAUGUAGUGAAUUGGAAGAUAUCUUAUUUAUUUUAGAGGAACAAAGAAAAUCAAAUGUUAACACUUUUUUAUCUGAUCCACUAAGCUACUCUAAUAAUAACCCCAUUCCAGAAAAUUCUAACUAUAAUAGAUUUAAUAAUGAAUUAUAUACUGAAGAUUCUAUUGAAAAUUCACUUCAAUUGAAACAUAAAAAAAAGAUUGGCUUACUAAAUUUAGAUACCUCAUCAGAUACAUCAACAAUAGACUCACCAAAAUAG